CCAGCAGCCAUGGCCACCACCGCGAAGAAGCUGGACGUGUUCACGACCACGAGCGACUACUCCAAGACCUACGUGUUCCACGAGGAGGACCACACGCUCGGCAAUGCGCUGCGCUACGUCCUGAUGCGCAACCCCGACGUCGACUUUUGCGGCUACACGAUCCCGCACCCUUCGGAGCCCAAGAUGCACAUCCGUCUGCAGACCCGCCAAGGCGCACCUGCUGACGAGGCGCUGCGCUCGGGCCUGACGGACCUGCGCAAGGUGUCGACGCAGAUCGGCGACGCCUACCGCAAGGAGCUCAAGGCCUUCAAGCGCAAGAGCCGCAAGAACUAGACGCAAACCCCUGAGAGCGAGGGUUGCCGACGUCGCUCUGUAAUCAUUAAACGAACCCUGCAUGUUUCUUC